GCUCGUAGUACAUAAGAAAUGUUGAUGAUGGAAAUUUCAACAAACGGCCCUCCGCAUUUACUUUUUGCUUUAUUUUCAAUCUAAACCUCCUGUCGACAGUGACGCUUCACUCCGCAUCAUAUCCAUCAAUCCUGGAUAUUAUCUCACAUUGUUUCUCACGAAAUACUUCCGGACUUUACAAACCUCCAAGUAUUUCAAACUCACUGAUUACAGCUCUGCUGCCUUCUCAGCUCUCCAGCCCGCAAAGCGCCACGCCGAACACCCGUCAACCCACGCCGCACUCUUUAGGCACUGAUUCGUCGGGACUGUUUCUUCGCAGGACAAGGGGCCGUUUCCAUCCUUGUGCGGUUCUCUACCUACGAAAUUAGGGAGGGCAACAAUAUUGCUUCUUCGUACCCCCCACUUCCCAUUGAUCAUAACCUGAAUUCUGGUGCUCCUGGUAGACGGAGUGCCUACAACCACAUCACGGAGCCCAGGCCGCCAAUAAUUCUCCGAAUCCUGUAAGGGAGGAAGCGAAAUCAAAUCACCAUGUCUCAAAAUCAAGGAAUUGCUGCGUCUGUCCAGGCCAGGGCGCAAGAGGUCGCCAAGGAGGACUUCCAGCAAGCCAAGGAUCUUGUCAACGAUGCCACCAAGAGUGGCGCGUACCUCUACCCCAUCAAGGGUAUCUUUUACUUCCUAACCCACCGCUCGCUCUGGAAGCCUUUGCUGUCCCGCAUUGGACCAACUCUAGCCCUCUCCGUGGGUGUCACGGUGCCCAUGUUCAUCUUCACCUACGUGCCGCAGCUCACGGUGCUGGUGUUUGUGAACGGACCCGUCGCCGUCUUCACCACGGUUCUGUUGAUCCUCAGCGAGUCGUCUACCAUCAUUUCGGUCAUCUCACGCAACUUCCUGCUGCAGGAGGCAUUGCUUGACACCUUUGAUGGUACCCUGGUGGCAAAGGGCGCCACCAAUAUCGUGCAGGAAGGCCGGGAGCUCCAACCAGGUUUCGACCCCAUCGCCAAGCUCGGGAAAAUUGUCAAGUCUCCCUUUGAGCGCUUCAGCCCGAAGGCCCUGGUUCGGUACUUUAUGUACCUGCCUCUCAACUUCAUCCCUGUGGUCGGCACCAUAAUUUUCAUCCUCAUCCAGGGCCGUAACAGAGGACAGAGUAUCCAUGAUCGCUACUUUCAACUGAAGUCCUGGUCUGCUUCACGCAGGCGUGCUUGGCUGCACGCUCACACUGGAGCUUACUCGGCCUUUGGUGUGGUAGCCACUCUCCUGGAGAUCGUGCCCGUUGCUUCAAUGUUCUUCUCAUUCACAAACGCAGUUGGCGCUGCGUUGUGGGCUGCGGACCUGGAGGCCCAGGGAACCCAGGCGACGGAACCAUCGGACCAGCCUGCCUCGAGCAACAACAAAGAUGACUGAGCUCAUAGAUACCUACGGAACCAGCCCGGAUCUAUAAAUGGAUUCUAAAUAAGUUUUUCCGCUUUUUGCGCAUGGCUCUUCCAGCCUGAUUGCUUUUAGCAAUUAGUCAAUUGUUUCCCCGCGAGCAAACAGUCACAUUCGCAUGCUGCCGAGUUGGCCAGGAUGAUGCAGUCAACUUUGACUUGGGACCUGUUGUUUAUUUUAUUUUUCAUUAUUUUUUUUUCUCGGGCAAGGGAGGAUGCAGCUGAGAAGUCUCGAGUUUAUUGAUGACCAUACUUGCUGUCUGCGUUAUCAUUUCACCUUGGUGCGAUGCUUUUUAUUCUGAUUUAUGAUUUAUGAUCGAUCAUAUUUCCCCUCUCAGCUCGAGGCCAAUCACUCCUCAGCAUAAGUUUAUUGUUUGUUUGAUCACUCUAGAUAGAAACAAGGCCCGGUAUCUCGGUUACUUCGGUCAGUGCGUUCCGAACCCAAGUCUGCUUGCAUAACGCCCGGAAUGACCAGGACUGUGUAGCCAAUGGCGACAAACCCGGAUCCCCGGAUUCGUUCCUAUCUCUUAUCCAGACACGAUCUAUACAUCCUUGUCGGACGGCUCGAUUCUCUUGGCGACUCGAGGCACACCAAAAAUAUGUUGUAAUAAGUGCU